AUGACGAGAAAGACGUCAACAUCGAGGGAAUUAUUUGAAAUGGGCGACGGUAGAAUUCGUACCUUCGAAUCACUGCAUUUGUUACGUGUUGGUGUUUUACUUGCUGUGAUAGUAUUGAUCUCGCUACUUACCAUUUCGUUCUGGGCGAGGUUUUACGGUAAGAAAGUUGGUGAGCAACAGAAUAUAUAUCCGUUGCCAGGAACAUCUGAUUUACAGUUAUUCGAAGUACAGGGCAGUGACGAAGCUCUCAAAGUGACAGACACAUUUGGUGAUGAAGACGGUGAUGACGUAGCUCGGGAACGACCUGAUGUACACAAAGCUGUCUUGAACAAUGACAAAGAAUUGUUGAAGUCAUUGAUAAAGUCAGGCACUGACGUUAACAUUACUGAUGAGAAAGGCAUCUCAGCUCUUCACUUAGCAAGUCUAAAUGGGAAUGUCGAUAUGGUCAAUAUUUUACUAAAGUCCGGUGUGAACAAGCAUGCGCAAACAAAGAAUGGUGCGACAGCUUUUCAUUUAGCAAGUCAAAAUGGCCAUGUGGGUGUGGUCAGAAUUUUACUGGAUGCAGGGGUAGACAAACAGAUUCGAACGAAGGAUGGUGCUACGGCUCUUCAUUUAGCAAGUCUGGAUGGACAUGUAGAUGUAUUCAGAACUUUACUGGAUGCAGGUGUAGACAGCAGUGCACAAACGAUGAAAAGUUCCACAGCUUUUCAUCUAGCAAGUCAGAAUGGGCAUGUGGAGGUGGUCAGAAUUUUACUGGAUGCAGGUGUAGACAAGAAUAAACAAAAGAAGAAAGGCACCACAGCUAUUCAUUUAGCAAGUCAGAAUGGACAUGUUGAUGUGAUCCGAAUUUUACUGGAUGCAGGUGUGGACAAGAAUGCCCAAACAAAGAAAGGAACCACAGCUCUUCAUUUAGCAAGUCAAAAUGAACACAUUAAUGUGGUCAGAAUUUUACUGGAUGCAGGUAUAGACAGAAAUGCACAAACAAAGAAAGGAGCCACAGCUCUUCAUUUAGCAAGCCAAAAUGGUCAUGUUGACGCUGUCAAAAUUUUACUGGAUGCAGGUGUAGACAAGAAUAGACAAACAAAGAAAUGCAUCACAGCUCUUCAUUUAGCAAGUCAGUAUGGACAUGUUAAUGUCGCCAGAAUUUUAUUGGAUGCAGAUGUAAACAAAGAAGUACAAACAAAGGAUGGCGAAACAGCUCUUCAUUUAGCAAGUCAGAAUGGGCAUGUUGAUGUGGUCAAAAUUUUACUGGAUUCAGAUGGCGAAUGGGCAGCUCUUCAUUUAGCAAGUCAGACUGGACAUGUUGAUGUGGUCAGAAUUUUACUGGAAGCAGGUGUAGACAAGAAUAUACAAACAAAGAAGGGCAUUACAGCUCUUCAUUUAGCAAGUCAGAAUGGACAUGUUUAUGUGGUCAGAAUUUUACUGGAUACAGAUGUGGACAAGGAAGCACAAACGAAAAAAGGCAACACAGCACUCCAUUUAGCAAGUCAGAAUGGACAUGUUGAUGUAGUUAAACUGUUACUGAAUGCAGGUGUGGACACGCAUGCGAAAACGAAGAAGGGAACGACAGCACUUCAUUUUGCAAGUCGAAAUGGACAUGUUGAUGUGGUCCGAAUUUUACUGGAUGCAGGUUUGGACAAGGAAGCACAAACAAAGGACAAAUCAACAGCUAUUCAUUUAGCAAGUAUGAAUGGACAUGGUAAUGUAGUCAGAAUUUUACUAAAUGCCUGUGUAAAUAAGAAUGCACGAGAGGAGGACAAAUGGACAGCUCUUCAUUUAGCAAGUCAGGAAGGACAUAAUGAAGUGGUCAGAAAUUUAGUGGAUGCAGAUAUAGAUACGAAUGCACAAACAAAAGAUGGUGUCACAGCGCUUCAUAUAGCAUGUCAGAAUGGACACAUUGAUGUGGUCCGAAUUUUGCUGGAGGCAGAAGUUGACAAGAAAAUGAAAACAAAGGAUGGCACCACAGCUCUACAUUUAGCAAGUCAGAAUGGACAUGUUGAUGUCGUAAGAAUUUUACUGGACGCUGAUGUAGACAAAAAUGCACAAAUGAAGGACAAAUGGACAGCUCUUCAUUUAGCAAGUAAAAAUGGACACGAUGAUGUGGUCAGAACUUUACUCAGUGCAGAUGUAAUCAAGAAUGCACAAGGAGAGAACGAAUGGACAGCACUCCAUGUAGCAAGUAAGAAUGGACAUACCAAUGUUGUCAGAAUUUUACUAGAUGCUUGUGUAAACAAGAAUGCACAAGAGAAGGACGAAUGGACUGCUCUUCAUUUAGCAAGUCAGGAUGGACACAUUGAUGUGGUCAGAAUUUUAAUGGAUGCCGAUGUAGAUAAGAAUGCACGAACAAAGCAUGACGUCACAGCUCUUCAUUUAGCAUGCAAGAAUGGACAUAUUGAUGUGGUCAGAAGUUUACUUGAUGCAGGCUUGGACAAGAAUGCACCAAUGAAGAACAAGAAGACUCCACUUGAUUUGGCAAAGGAAGCUGGUCACCAGGAUAUAGCUGAUCUUCUUCAGGAUGCCUAA